AAAUUACGUCAGACGCACCCUGUAUUGUGAGCGGGACACUCACAGCUGAGCGCCGAAUAAAAAAAGAAGGGACUGCGGCUAACUUUCUCAGGAAUCUGCGCUUUAUGUCGGAAAAAAUGGCCUUCGAGAUGGAAGCGGAUCUACCACCUAGUCUCGCAUGUUUGAAAAAUGUCGAUGCCCUGCUUCGGUGUCCUAUUUGCUUCGACUUUCUCAAUAUUUCAAUGAUGACAAAAUGCUCACACAAUUUUUGUUCUCUGUGCAUCAGAAAAUUUCUUUCUUACAAGCUGCAGUGUCCAGUUUGCAAUACACAAAUGACGGAAGCAGAUCUGAGAAACAACCGUUUGUUGGAUGACUUGGUCACAAACUUUCAAUCUGCAAGGCAACAGUUGUUAAAAGCAAAUUUUGACUCUCCUCCAAUAUCUCCAAAGACCCCUUCAUCAGCCGUUAAAUGCAAAACUCCAAAGGAGAGGGGCCAGAAGUGUAACAACUCCAUGUUGAGUCAGUUUUUCCAAAAGAAGCCUAAAACACCUCCCAGCAAAGAAAUCCAGCACAAUGGUUCUAUCUCUGAGUGGGUUCAGGAGGGGAAAAGACAAACUGCAGGAAUCCACAAUGGCACUGACCUCCAUUCAGGAAAUGCUGAGCUUUCAGUGGUUGUGAAAGAAGAACCCAUAGAUGUGGAGGAUGCAUCUCCCCAGGGUUUGACGUCAUUCAGACUUGAGGACACCUCUCCCAGUAUUAGCACUGGAAAUGGGAUGGCGCACUCCUUGACACCAUUAAAAGACAUAAAACCCAUUAUUAAAGUGGAGUGCCCUGUGUGUUCUGUAAGUGUUUCCCAGCAUUUUAUCAACACACAUCUGGACACGUGUCUUACCAGAGGAGACAAGAAGGAAAGCUUGAGGAGCUCUCUUGGCCAGAAGAGGCGUCCAAUGCCAAAGUUGGUGUACAACCUACUUUCGGUGCAGGAGCUCAAGAGGAGGCUGAGAGAAUGCCAUCUGUCAGUGCAGGGUUCUCGGGACCAGCUGAUCAAAAGGCACCAAGGUUUUGUCUACUUAUACAAUGCCCAGUGUGACUCUCUAAACCCAAAAUCAGCUGAAGAAAUUGCCAAAGAGGUAGAGGCCAGUGAGAAGAUCAGAAAUCAAUUGCAGGGGAAGCCCAAGCCAGUCAUGGUUUUCUCAAAGAAUCCGUCUGCAAAAGAGAUUGAAGACAUGCAUUCAAAUUACAGGAAGCAGCACAGCGGUGACUUUUCCCGCCUUAUAGCUCAGGUCCGCGGCCGCCUGGAGACCACCAGACAAACUCGUGCUAAACAGGAAGUCAGAGAGGAGAACAAGGACGAGCAAAAAAUGCACUCUGCAGAUCAAGGUGCACAAUCAAAGAGCUGCUUAGUGGUAAACGUUGAGGAGGAGGAAUCAGCUGGAGUAAUCGAGUUGCCAUCCAGCCCCACAUAUAGUGACGUGUCCGUCAGCAGUUCUAUUUCAGACAUCUUUGGUCCAGAACCUGCCAGAAAAGAUGUAGAGAGGACCUCAGCCCAAAAGCGAGCCUCCAGCUCCACAGAAGAUGGUGUCGCUUUAUCGCCUGUUUUGGGAAAACGACGCCGAAAAACGUAAGAAGAACUGAAGGGAGGAAAAUCUCAAAACAUCCCUUAGCUUCUGUGCCUGCUGACUUUGAAUUACAUGCAUAUUCCUCUCAAACAUUUCUUUGUACCCUUAUAAAGUUGCACUAUUAAAUGUAUGUGUUUACAUAGAAAUCUUUGGUCUUUUUCAAAAUGUUGUAUUUUACAGUGUUCUGGUCAAUGUCCCAUUUCUAGUAUUGCUACUUUUUGUUUCUGUCUUGAUUUGAAUCGAUGGUUUGUAUUAUAACAUGUCUUGAUACACAAUUU